AUGGUGCGCACUGCUGAAGAAGAUUUGGAAGACUACAUCUGGGGAAAGUGCAAGGAACAAAAUUAUCUAGAAAGAGUUGUUCAGUGUGACCAAUUAAUCUCAGGAAACAUCUUGCGGAGAGUCAGUCAGAUUGAUGAGUCUCUGAACAAACAACUGCGGAAAGGGGUUGAGGAGAAUCUUUCACGGCUUCUUGAACAAACUACUGCUUUGGAAGCGUUAGAUUGCACACAAAGAAGUGUCCAUUCGGAGAUGAACGAAGUGUAUGAAAAUUGUGACAGGUUUGCAAAGGUGCUGAACUCGCUUUUGUGUGAUUAUCGUAAGAUGACUACAAAGCUAGAACAGCUUACAUUGGAAAGGAAUCUUACUACGGAUGUUAUUAGGUGCGAAGAGUUGAUAGAUUCUCUGGAAAAACGGCACGAAAUAGUUAAGAGGUCAGAAAUCAUAUGCGAGAUUAAAGGGAUCGUUUCGGAUAAUCCCGAUUUGUUGCUGGUCUCAUGGUUGCGUGAAAACCUUACCGAACGAUUGAAAGCAGUAGAAAAUGAGGUACGUCGAUCUGCUGCUGACGAUAUGCGGAGAGGACUGAUUAGCCUCAAUGCUUCAUUGGUCACCUCAGCCAUCAGAGCUUUAUCAAAUCUUGGUGUUAUCGAAGCUGAAUUGGAAGUGCAGCUAUCGUCAUCGGCUGCCGAACUAGACGUAAAACUUGUGGAACUUUCUUCAGCGGCUGAUAACAGCGUCCGACUUCUACCACAGUGUAUCAACUACAUACACUCACAACUCGAGCAAUACGCUUUAUUGGGUUCUGCUCAGCUUAUGAAGUUUGUUGAGAAGCUGGCAAGGAUUAUUCGAGCUCGAGUGCCUUUGGACGCUCCUUUUUCUUUGAGGUUUGUACAGCAGAUGAGCCGCGUGCUCAGUUCUCGUCCCGAAUGUUCUGCACCUAUAAUUGAAGCUCUUCGACCGCUUAAGAACUCUAUACUGAGUCAGUCCUUGGGUCGUCUUCAUCAAAUAGUGGAUCAGUACGACUUCACAGCUAUUCAAAGCAGCGUUUUCGUUGAUACGUUGGUCUCGGCGAUUGAAGAAGAAGUAAAGCGUCUGGAGUGGGAUGUGGAAUUGCGAGAGGAAGCACAAAGAAACACCCAGAAAUGUUUGGAUAUGGUGGCUAAACGACUCGAAUCUGAGAUAAAACUUGAUGCUGAGAAUUUGCUUCUUGGUGAUCGCCUGCGAAGUGACCAGGCGAAGAACUACCGACUACUAGAGAUCGCGAGCAGCAUAAUUGCCCUAUGGCCGUCACAAGCUAACUCGUUGGUAUCAUUUGAGCAAGAAUCUGUUUCUGCUAUUAUGGAGGCUAUUCGUCAGAGCAUAUUCACAAUAACUGCAUCAAUGCACCAUGAACUGAAUGGCAGUAAAGGAAUCUCUCCAUACAUGCAGGAGCUUCUGGGAUACAUUGGACGUGUUGAGUUUCACUUCUCCCAUUUCCCUUCAACUAUUCGGCGGAAUUCUGCUCUUCCCUCAAUUUCGGAUUACAUAAUUCAACUCUUCAUUGUAAAUGCUACACUGGUAAGACCAUUGAGUAAGCCAGUUCGUGAGCAACUACACACAGAUUUGGAAAAGCUGCUUGUUGAAGUGCAUUCGAAGUUGAGUCCCAGCCUGAAGUUUCCAAACAGGACACAUUUGCUAUCGUUGUUUUCCCACGAAGAGUCUUCGGUAGCUUGCAGUAUGGGUGACGAUUCUUUGCCUGCAUGGAUCUACAUUCACGCACUCAUCUGUGACAGCCCUGACACGCUUAUAUCGCCUCAUGUAAGCGUACAGUGGCCGAUUGAACAGUACGUGAAAUGGUGUUGCGAAAAUUCGGAUCUGGAGAUAAUAUCUUUUCUCAAUGGUUUGAUGACAUCAUACACUACACAAGUCAUCAAUCGUCAUGAAACUGAAUACGUCCCUCACUAUCCACGGAUAAUGGAGCUCAUAAAAAAAGCAGCAGAAUAG